UUUGGGUGAACUAUCCCUUUAAUGAACAGCGACCAUAAAUUUGUCUAGGAAACUGUUCGAGCUUACAGUGUUAAUGGAGUUCAAGCUGCACCUUUUUCUGUGUGGACUACAGAGAUUUGUGCACAAAGCACAAGAAGCUAUUGUUCUCUGAGUCACCCUCAGACUAUUAGACUUGUAUCUCUCUUCGUAUUGGCUACAAACGGUCCAUUGCCAAAGUACACACUGAUAUCACCUGUACACUCCACACGCCUUUCACGCAAUCAAAGGUCGGAGAGUCUGUUCCAGCUUCUGAAGGCAGUAUGAAGGUGUACAUUACGCUCUGCCUGAGCGUGUAUUUAUGCAAAGCUCUGGUGGAGAGUGACCCUGAUGCAAUCCUCGAGGACAAAGAUGUUCUAGUGCUGACAAAAAGCAAUUUCGAAUGGGCUCUUAAACAGCACAAGCAGCUAUUGGUCCAUUUCUAUGCGCCUGUUUCCGGCCAGUCCCUUGGCUCCAUCCUUGAGUUUAGAGAAGCAGCCGGUGCGCUGAAGCAAGCAGAGUCUGAAGUGAGACUGGGAGGAGUGGAUGUGAAAAAGGAAAAAGAUCUUGCUGCCUCCCUUAAUGUCACAGCAAUACCAUCACUACGGCUGUACCUGUCUGGAAACAAGAAUAAUCCAGUGUACUGUCCAGAUCUUAAGAGCUCUGCCACAAUCCUGACAUGGCUUAAAAGAAGAAAAGGGCUGAGCGCUGAUAUCAUCAGUAAUCUCACACAGUUGGAAAAAUUCGUAGGAGAAGAGGAGCUUGUGGUGCUUGGUUUAUUUAAGGAUCUUGAGGAAGGUAUGGUGAAAGUGUUUUAUGAAACAGCCGCUGACAUCGCAGACCUGCCCUUUGGAGUCACAGGAAAUGAUGAGAUCUUCAGCAAGUAUGAGAUCAGUGGAGAUACCGUUCUCCUCAUCAGAAAGUCUAAACCUGACGAGCAGUUUGAGAUGGGAAGCGGCACGGUGAAGACAGAUCUUGUUCAGUUUAUCAGACUGUAUGAGAUGGAACUUGUGACCGAGUACAAUGGCGAGACAGCAUCCAAGAUCCUGAACUCAGUGGUGCUGAACCAUUUCCUUCUGUUUAUUAAUAAGACUGAGGAAGGAUUUGAAGAGAUAUACCUUGCUUUUAAAACCACUGCGGAAAAACUCAGAGGGAAGGUUCUGUUUGUGAUGAUUGAUGUGAUUGAGCCACGGAAUGGCCGUGUUAUGGAGUAUUUCCGUGUGAGAUCAGAAGAAGUGCCUCAGAUCCGUAUGGUCAAUUUAUCAGACCACGUUCAAUACCAGCUGCCAUCUGAUAAGUUUGACACACAGACUCUUUUAGAUUUCUGCCUAAAGUACCUGGAUGGGAAAGCAAAGCCUAAACUGCAGAGCGAGUCAAUUCCUGAAAACUGGGAUACACAGCCAGUGAAAGAGUUGGUCGGGAUGAACUUUGAAUUGGUGGCCUUCAACCAUAACAAAAAUGUCAUUGUCUUGUUCUAUGCACCUUGGAGCAGCGAAAGUCAUGCUCUGUUUCCAUUGUGGGAAGAGCUUGCUGAACACUUUCGUGAAAAUGAAGAUGUUGUUGUUGCCAAGAUUGAUGUUACUGCAAAUGAUGUAAACAUUCAUCUAAGGGAAAAAUACCCAUCCAUCAAAUUCUUUCCUGCUGUUUAUUCAGAAAGGGUUGUGCCAUAUUCUGGCAAGAGGAAGCUGAAGCCUAUUGUAACAUUUAUGAAAAAAGAGAUUGAAAAAGCCAAAACGGACAAAGCCAAGGAGGAGGAACGGAGGAAGAAAUAUCUGAAUGAACAGAAGGCUGCUGUGAAAGAGGAACUCUGAUCACUCACUGUAAUCACAAGAACUAAAGCAGUUUUAUUGAUUUCUUCAAAACUACCAUUAACUCUUUCCAAUAUAUUAUUUUUUUGUAAUCAUGAAUGUAACAAGUAGUAUUUUCCAUAUGUACAUGUGUGAAAUCAAGACGCUAUAUUUAUAGCGCUGGCUGGAUACCCACUGAUACCAUGUUUAGGAUAUUAUUUUUCUGUACAGCAUAAGCCACUACAAUCUACUUUUAAAAGACAAUUGACACACACACACACACUUAAUUUUCACUAGAGGGAGCCUCUGUUCCAAAGUGCUGCCUACACCCUAAACUGAUCAUUGCAACUUCAUAUUACCAUUAAAACAACUUGCAGGUCUCUGAGGGCUAUAUGUUGUAAUAUGAUCUUUUUCAAAGCACAUAUGGAUUCUAGUCAAGGAAUAUGACUGGUCAAAUUACUCUGUUCUUUAUCAAGAGCACUGAAAAACAUAUACACAAACAGACGUGGGAGUUUAACGUUUUUUGGUUUGAAUAUCGUUACACCACUAGUCAAUACAGCUAAAGAAACACAAAUUAUGUACCCACAGUAAGAGAAAAUUUUUCAUGUAGAAUGAUGACAGUUCAUUUGUUUAAUAAAACGACAACUGAAUGAGAACUCUGCCUAUAUAUACUCCCAUUACUCAAUCCAGAAAGAUCUUUUUAGCACCAGGUACUGUAAUUACAAAUAUCUCCUUAACUUAAACUCCUUAAAAAAAAGAAAAGAAAAAGAUGUGUUAUGACACAGACUUACAGCAUGAAGGAGGAACCUUUACCUGAUCCCAAAAAAUAAACCUAAAGUUACAGACUGUAUGUGAGAGAGAUUGCGGAACCUCUUUAAUAGAUCAGGUUCAGUAAACUCUAGAAUCCUUUAAUUGGGAAAACACUUAAAAACGUGAUAUACUAAUACUUGACAAGCACAUUGAUCUAAGCCGAGGCCAGCCUUUUUAGAUCUGAAAUUGCAACGUUUACAAAAAAACAUGCUGUAAUCUUGUCUGAUGUCAUGUUGGGAUUUUGUAUUUAGAACGACAAUACCAAAAUACCAAAGUUGGGUUUAAAUGUUUAAACCCAAGCCUGUUUGAUGAAAAAGAAGAUUUGUAAAUCAAUCAACCUCUUAGUGCACAUGCAUUACUACCUUAAAGGGUCAGUUCACCGAGAAAAAAAAAACUGGGCCUUAAAUUACUCACCCUCUUGUCAUCCUUGGUGUCUUUCAAACAAAUCCAGUUGGAGUAAAAAAAAAAAGGAAAAAAAAAGUGUUCGAUCUUUCAAACUGUUUAAUGGCAUUCGAAGGUGCAUCAGUCCUAAAUAAGUUAGAUAAAAAGCGCCCAUCCUUAGUAAAAAUUCUUACAU